UGUGAAAAUGGACUGAAAAGGGGCGAAAAAGCACCGGAGAGGGUUUGAAAUUAUUAUCUGUUGCCCUAUUUUCAUUUCCGCCGCCGCCAUUCCCACCGCUUCCGCCCUACACUCUCUUUUUUUGCCUCCAAUUAUUAUCUGCUCCAUGAAUUUGUUCAACACAAGUCUCAGAUUGAAGUUUCUAUUAUACUCUUGAAAAACCCUCUCAUUCCAUCCCAAAAUGAAGCCAGAUUUAUUCAAAAAUCUACCACCAGAAAUCAUCACCGAGAUCUUCUUAAGACUACCUGCUGUAAGCAUUCCAAUAAGCAAAUGUGUUUGCAAGAGAUGGCUCGAUCUGCUGGUGGCUGAUGCUUUUGUCAAGUCUCAUUUUGCCAGAUCCGCCCCCGCUCUAGUUGUUAUGGAGGAUUCAAAUCAGUUGAAAGUUUUGGAAUUGAAGUUGUUGCUCAAUCUCGAUCUCGAGAGCUACAAUCCACUCACCCAGUAUGAUUUCCCUUACCACCGAGGAAGAAUAAGGAAUUGUUUUAAUGGUUUUCUUUUUAUAAGGGUGGGUUUUGAUAAGCUUGUUGUAUGUAAUCCGAUCACUCGUGAAGUUAUUAAGCUGGAUCUGCCUACAGAUCCACAACUAUCUACUCUAGAAGUUUCUGCUUUGGGAUUUGGGGCAAGCGAGGUAGUCUGUAUUAAACGUAGGCCCUAUGAUGAUAAAUUGGAUUGUCAUGUAUAUACUCUUGGAACAGGAUCUUGGCGACGCCUUGAAGGUAUUCCAUAUAAUUACCACAAUGGUGAAGGUGCAUUUGUUAAUGGAAAUCUCCAUUGGAUAGCAACCAUUGGAGAAGAUUCGUCAUGGAUUUCUUGCUUUGAUCUUGAAACAGAAUGUUUUAGCUUCUUUAAAGCUCCUCCUUAUCAUGCUCAAGGAUUGAGGUCCUUGUCUGCUUUGAGCGGUUGCCUAUGGUUUUGCAAGGAAGCAACCGAAUAUGAAGAUGAUACUGAGCGAUGUGAGGUUAGUAUAUGGAUUAUGAAGGAAUAUGGAGUGGACGAAUCUUGGAGCAUGGAAUAUGUGAUCCCCCUUGAUGAUAUGAGGUUUGUUGUUCCGAUCAAAGUUUUCGAAAAUGGCGACCUAUUGAUGUUAGUGAUGGUAUACUUUUCCGAUCGCCUUUUCUACUACUCUAAGAAGACUAAAACUAUGCAAAGUAUUGAUUUGUUUGGUGCAGGGGAGACCUCUGGCCGUGUCAAGUGUGGGCUUUUCACUCCCACCUUUGUUUCACUAAAAACUUUAGGUUUAGGUGUGGAGAAUGUAACCUCAUUCUGA